AUGGCAGCCAAGUCUCUCGUUCUUCUCUCGGUGUUGGCACCGGCCUUCGGUGCCGUCCUCCCUCGUGGUCAAGGGUCAGAAGCUGGUGGUUCAUCCUCCGCAGCAGGCGAGACCUGGGGUGACUGGACCAGCUCAACCACAGUUGCUCCCACUACUCAAACCACUACCGCAGCUCAACAGACAACUACCCAAUGGAGUGACUGGACCUCGAGCACCACCACCCCAGCUCAACAGACAACUACCACCAGCGUUUCCCAAUGGGGUGACUGGACCUCGAGCACGACCACCGUGAAGCCAACCACUACCUCUACCAGUGCUUCUCAAUGGGGUGACUGGACCUCAAGCACUACCACCGUGAAGCCAACCACUACCACUACCAGUGCUUCUCAAUGGGGUGACUGGACCUCAAGCACUACCACCCCAACCACCACCAGCGCUUCCCAAUGGGGUGACUGGACCUCCAGCACUACCACCGUCAAGCCAACCACCACCAGCGCUUCUCAAUGGGGGGAUUGGACCUCCAGCACUACGACUGUGAAGCCAACCACCACCAGCGUUUCUCAAUGGGGUGACUGGACUUCUACCACUGUCAAGACCACGACCACUCCUGCUUCUUCUCAGUGGGGUGACUGGACCUCAUCCACCGUCAAGACCACUACCACUCCUGCCGCUUCCUCGCAAUGGAACGACUGGACCUCGACUACCGUCAAGACCACAACUACUCCUGCCGCUUCUUCUCAAUGGGGCGACUGGUCUUCCUCGGUGAAGCCAACCACCAUCGUUGCCACCUCUCAAUGGAACGACUGGACCUCGUCCACUGUCAAGCCAACCACCACCGCCGUCACUUCUCAAUGGGGCGACUGGUCCAGCAGCGCUGCUCCUGCUCCUGUUGUAUCUUCAUCCAAAGGAUGGAACGAUUGGUCGAGCUCUGCGCCCGCUCCUAAGCCAACCACAUCCGCUGCUCCCGCUCCUGUCGUCUCCUCUUCAAAGGGCUGGAACGACUGGACGAGCUCUGCAGCUCCUGCUCCUAAGCCAACCACAACCGUCGCUCCCGCUCCCGUAGUCUCCUCUUCCAAGGGCUGGAACGACUGGACUUCCAGCACCACUGCCGCGUGCGUGCCCACGACAGUCUACAUCACUGUCACUGUCACACCGACCCCAAGCACCACGACCACCACCAGCAGUUGGGUCACCAGCACCACAUCUGCAGGCUGGGGUGACUGGAAGAACGGCGAGUUGGGAAAGAAGGGAAACUAA